AUGUACGGCCAGUCGAAUCGCCCUGAUCCUCCAUCGCAGCCUGAAUGGCGACUUCCACCGCGUUCGGGUGCGGAUACAACCACGUGGGGAGUGCGGUUCAACCAGAGCCAUGCUCCACCGUUGCCGCCUCGACCUUCCAGCACCAAUGAGCAGCCAUACUCCCAUGCUCAGUCGCAUUCGCAGUCACCGGCCGUGAAUACUGGUCCUCAAUAUGGGUUCCAACCCCCUGUCGCUCACCCUUCUCUGCCUCCAUACACACCAAAUCUCCCAGCCGGUGUCCCUCCGCCGCCACCAAAGAUCCCUCAGAAUGCGCCAACCCAGCAAAGUGCCCGCCCAGAACGGCCUCCGCUUCUUGCCCAAGGCUCCGGGCCAGCUGCGAUGACUGGAUCUUAUGUAUUCCGGCCUGCGUCUCUCAUCAAUACGAGCGCGCCACCUACGGGCGCAUCGGCCUUGGGGCCGGGCACGCCCUCGGACUGGGAGCACUUUGGUCCAACUCCCGGAGAUUUUGAUGACGCGGCUUGGUUCCCACCAAGACAGACUUCUCCGCCCCAGGAUGUGGCUCUGCCAUCUCCAAGCAUCUCAGGUGCUUUGACCAAUAUACCUGCAGCAAACGAGCACUCGCAGUUUAUCCGUCCGAGAACGGAUACAGGUGAGACGAUUCCAAGUGACAGCUCUGGUGUCCAUGGGUCGGGAAAUGGCAGUUUAGAUUCUCCUAUCAGUCCAUGUACAACCCAAGGGGUGCAAACGCCGCCUCCACCGACCCGUGUGGAUAGUGACAAAUCCGCUGUCUCUGCCGGUGGACGUCCGGGAAGUAUUGAUAAUGUGAUAGAUGCCUGGGCUCGCCCAUUAUCACCUCCCUCUCAACCAGUACAACCCGGGCUCCAGGUUCCGACAUCACAACCACAGGGUUUCUCUCAAUUUGACCAUGCUAUUCCAGCCAAGGAUCCUGAAUCGGCACAGACUGUUGCACCGCCUGCUGAGAACUUGAGGCCAAGCUCGACCGUUCCUAUGCCCCAUAUUCAAACACCUGUAAAUGAAGCUGCAUCCAAAAAGCCAGACCCUUUCGAAGAUCUGGACCCUUGGUCCCAAUCGUCCUUGGAACGCUAUGUUGCCAUGCUACGCAAGGAAGCAGUGGCAGAUUUGGAUGAAGAGCGAUACAAGAUCUUUACAGCAUUUAUGGCAAAGGAGACGAAACUCCGAGAGAUCCUCUAUAAUAUCGAGCAUGAUGAGUCUGAGAGCUCCCCAGAACCUCGCAGAGCCUCUAGCUCUGUGUCUCGAUCGCCAUUGCCAAGACUUGAUGAAGACGGGCCCGCCUUUGACACAGGUUUGAUACCCGUCUCAUCGGAGGAUAACCCGGCCCCCUCAGUGACAGCAGCAACAGAAGACGGGGAUGGAGAUGAUGCUGACGAUGUCGGCAGUGAGUAUAGUGCAGGCGGACGACCCAAUAUCGCCAAGCAAGCCCGGAGGGGCUCGCAGUUCCAGUCAAAGCUGUCUGCACUGCCUUCGGGCUCAGAGCCAGAUAAACGACUCUCAUCGUUUUCUUUUUCUUCGGAUGUACAGAAGCAACCUUUGGAGCCUCUAAACAGCAAUCCUCCACGACCUAUCUAUACCCCAUUCCAGUAUACAGAAGGCCCUCAACGAGGCUCAGACAACCUCAAGUUUGAUCGCCCGGCUUACGAGGCUUAUUCUGAUCUACGGCAGGCAUCUGCUGUGAGUGGGCGGGUUAUGUCAAACGUACCAGCCUCCACAUCUCAUCCGAGAGCCAACACCACUUCUCCGAUUCAAAAUGAACGGGACGAGACUUUCCUCGGCCUCAUCCGUCACAAAAGCACCGCCUACUCUAACUCGUCCGGUCGAAGCUCUGCGCCACCCCAGGCUCUACCGGAGUCUCUGCGAAAGGGCCGGGCAACCAACCUUGUAGAAGAGCUACGCACAAUGGUCUGGACACCUUUAGACAAGCAAUCUGAAAGCUCGUGGCAUAUCACAACUCGGGAAGGGCUUGACAAAUUCUCUGAUGAUUUCACUUACAUCCAGCGCACAAUCGAUAGGUGGGAAGCAGCUGCAAAAGUCCGACGACGCAAACUGGAUGAAGAGCGCAUACUUCGACAAGAGGAAUCAGAGGAGCAUAUUGACGAUCUCUUCAAUGGAAAGGAGAUUGGUUAUGCGGAUAUCAACACCUUGGAAGAAGAUUUCCGCCAGACGGAAGCUCGAGUCCAGCUGGAAGAGGAACGACGCGAAGUCGAAGAUUUCACAAUGCAAGUCUUCAAUCCCUUGGACGAGGGGUUGAAAGAGGCGAUCUCGGCACUUCGCAAAUCCUACGACUCUGCCCUCGGCCAGCUUGACCGUGAUCAGAAAGGCAAUGGCUCUCCAACUGAGAAAUCCAGCCCAUCUGUGACUAUGAACAUGGUCAAUGACAUCCACAACAAACUCGAGAUUCGAUUCCAGAAACGUCUCGAAAUCGCACUUGAUUGUGAGCGGCGACGCAAAAAGGCAGAGCGACGACCACUCGUUUUCAUGGGCGAUAUGGCUAGCCUGCGAAAACUGGAUGGUGAAUUUGAUCAGAUGGAACGGCGCAAUAUUCUGGAGGCAUGCAAGGACCGAGAUGACCGAGCCAACCGACUCAUGGAUUCCUUCGAUGAUGCAAUCCUACACGGGCUAGGUAUGAAUCAGAGCCUCCUAGACGAGGUUGCUUCGAAAGCAGCCCAGCUAGAUCUCACCGCCCUCCGUGCCUCCAGUCUACCUGAUUCUGAACUUGAACAGAUUCUCAAGUCUGCGGCGACUUUUGCAGCGUCACUGCGCGCCGACUCGGAGGCAAUUCUUCGCAGCUCGGGGGUUGCGGACAUGGCUCUCAACGACGCCGAUUACGGGGUCUCCGUCGCCGAGGCACGGUAUGCCAACUCGGACCCGGAUAUCUUCCGUCGGCUCGGGGAUGAGAAGAAGAAGGAAGAUGAGACUCUCCAGAAAGAUCUAGAUUCAAAGUUGCAGAGCAUCCAGAAGGGGCCUGUGCGCAUCAAGUCCACUAUUGAUCGCCUACUUCUUGAUCUGAAGAAUGCUCCUCCAGCAGCUCCGGUCUCUCCAAUUGAGCGCCACUCUGCCUCAACGACUCCAGUUACGGACGUGCCCUUGCCUCCGAGCCUGCGCCCUUCCACUGUUGUUCCUGCUUCCGCAUCAAGCCCCAAGAUUGUGGUUCAAAACGCGGAUGAAGACUCGGAGCACAAAGAGAGACUUCGCAGAGCGCUGGAAGAAGCCAAGAAGCGUAAUGCCAGCAGAGGCAAUUGA